AAAAGAGAGUAUUAGUGUGUGUGUGUUAAAACUGAUAGCUUGAAAUGAUCGUUUAUUACCUAUGCAAAGCCUGGACGGGCUGCUAGUAACAUAUAAGCCUAGUAUAAACAGAACACAGGCCAAAGAUAACGCACUUUCCACAAGUGAAAUCCUAUUGCUCAGACACUACUCGAUCGAUUUCAACUAAAUUAAACAUUUCUAAUUCAUUUAAAAAUCGAAUCACAACUUCUCAAGCCCCCAGAUACCGAACAUGUGAUCAGUCCAGACAUGCCCUAACCCAAAUUUAAUUGAUAUAGCGGUUUCAGACUUUUCAGCUGACUUUAAACCGUUUGUGGUGAUUAAUAUGUGUAACAUUUUAAUUCAGCGGAUAUGUAUAUGAAUGAAUAUCGAUUCCACAAAUAACAAAAGCGCCUAGUAUACAAAAUUUCGGCAAUUAAUAAAUUUAUUUAAGUAUUAACCGGAAUGGACAAUCAGAGCUAUUUUCCGAAUUACUACGCCGUUGAAGACAUAUUUGUUACACAAGAGAAGGUCGAAUGCAAAGUGAACACGAAACUUUUAAAAAUGGGUUUUCUUGAUCCAGGUGCGGAGACAGAUGAUUUAAAUUCUGGUCGCACAGUGAAUCUGCCCUUGUGGUACAUAAAAGAAUUGAAGGUUAACAAUCCAUAUUUUACUGUAAACGUUCCGGACAUCUACAAAAAUGUACAUAAGGCUGUAUGUGAAGCGGAAACAACACAUAUUGAGCUUGGUAAAUUGCAUCCAUAUUUUUACGAAUAUGGUCGCUAUUUGACUCCUUAUGAUCGAAAUCAUAUCGUUGGACGAAUUGUGUUUGAAACAAUGCGUCAACGUGUGCGUCAUUUACUUGACAUUUCAAAGCAUACUACAGAGGAUGGAAAACCAGAACAUCGCUUGGACGACAUCGAACAAAAACUAUAUGAUUCUGGAGUGAAAACAAAUGCAAUGUUCACAAAUUGGCUUCGACUGAAAUCGAAUAAAAUACGAGUAAGUGAAUUAGUACAUGAACACAGCAAGAAACGAAAACGUAAUCAAAUAGAUUUUGACGGAGGAAGUAUAUCACCUGAUCAACUGCAGAAAAGACCUACUAUUUAAUUACACACUAUUAAAAAAUUUAAGGAUAGAUAAUUGACAUCAGACCUUAACUGUUUCGCUAAAAUUUUCAUAGAUGAUGUUACUUAAUAUUAUCCCAGAUAUAACUGUACAUUCCUAAGUUUUUUAUUAAAAUAAACAAAAGACUUUUGUGUUCAUUAA